GUGAGUUUCUGUGGAAAAUACUGUAAAUAUUCACGUGAAAAUGCCGCCAAAGAAGCGGGAGAAAGAAUUGGAUGGACAAAAGGGCCCGCGCAUGGAUCAGAUUCAGGCAGACCACGAGCUGUUUCUUCAAGCCUUCGAAAAACCAACACAAAUUUACCGCUUUCUACGUACAAGAAAUCAAAUCUCAGAUUCUUAUUACGCCAAUAUUCCUGUAUCGAAAUUUGACUUAUAUGAGGCAACGUAUGUCUAGGAGUCAUAAAUCCCGUAGAGGAUUUAAAAUUGACACAAUUUUGGAAAGAUUAAUGUCUAAAAAUAAUCAAGAACAAACUCUUGGUGUACGUGGAUAUAUGACACUUACAUUUUUAGGAUUUUAUGAUAAGAAAAUUGAAGCAUCACAAGAUCCAGUAAAAGUAGAAACUUUACUUUUAAAAAUUUGUCAUAAGAAAAGGAAAGAUGUAAGCUCACCUAUUAUGCAAGUAUCUGUUGGAACAAGUGAGGUCCCGAUUAAUCCUUUAGAAAAUCAACCUCCACCUAAAGCACCAACAAUCUCAAUACCUAAUGAAUCUUUUAGUUUAAAUAAUGGACAUGUAGCGAAAACGUAUAUGCUUUUAUUGAGGGUAUAUUGUAUGUCUAACAAUAGCUGCCUUAUACAUAGCUGUGAUUUAGAAGAACCAGCACAGAAACGUCGAAAGUCUUCUGCAGGUUCAAUUAAAAGUAGCGGCGAAGAAGUAAAAUUGUAUGGCUCUGAGCUCAUAGUAUAUGAUAAGCAUAACAGAUGUCUUCUGACAGAUGGUGAUUAUGAAUUAGGUUUGCAGGAAGUACAAACUAAUGUUAGAUCCAGCCCAAAAAAAUACAGUUCUUGGGAAUCUGUACCUGACAUUAAAGAGUGUGGUCCUUUUGAAGUGUUCAGUAGAGGUCCUACAUUAAAAUUUAGACUUAGUUGGACUAUGGAGCCAAGUAAUGGUUUAGUGGACAGACCUGCUCCUAUUCACCCAGUGCCAAGCGGUGACAAUAAAGAAAAUCGAUCAAGCAACACUGGCUUUGAGCGUUCUUCCACAAAUCAUAAUAAUAAUAACACCAAUAAUAACAAUAAUACAACACUGCCAACACCUAGUCCAUUGACCCCAUCAAGAAUGUCUGUAUCCGCUGAAAAAAUGGAGAAUUCAAUGGGUACCCAACAAAUAGUUUAUCAAUUUUUAUACAAUAAUAACAGUCGUCAGCAAACAGAGGCUUGUGAGGAUCUUCAUUGCCCAUGGUGUUCAUUAGAUUGUGGGAAGCUCUACUCUCUUUUAAAACAUUUGAAGUUAUGUCAUUCUAGAUUUACGUUUACUUACGUGCCAAUACCACAAGGUGCCCGUAUAGAUGUAGCAAUAAACGAAUGUUAUGAUGGUUCAUAUGCUGGUAGUCCACAUGAAUUAAUCACUCAACCAUCUGGGGUAGCUUUUUCACGUACAGGCCCAACUAGACGUACGAGUGUAACAAAUAUUUUAGUCUGUCGGCCAAAGAGAACAAAACCGAGUUUAUCCGAAUUUCUUGAACUUGAUGAAAAUGAAUUUGAAAGCCAAAGACCUUACAUCACUGGACAUAAUAGAUUAUAUCAUCACACUGUCACUUGUUUGCCUAUUUAUCCAAAAGAAAUGGAUAUUGAUUCUGAAGGAGAAAAUGAUCCAAAAUGGUUACAAACAAAGACAAUGAUGAUGAUUGAUGAUUUUACUGACGUUAAUGAAGGUGAAAAAGAAUUAAUGAAAAUGUGGAAUUUACAUGUAAUGAAGUAUGGAUAUGUAGGAGACUGCCAAAUACCAUUGGCUUGCCAAAUGUUUUUAGAAACCAAAGGAAAGGAAUUACUUAUGAAAAAUUUAUAUCGGAAUUUUGUACUACAUAUGUGCAGUUUAUUUGAUUUUGGUUUAAUUAGUCCUGUUAUUCUUUAUCAGACAAUUCAAAAGUUGCAGGAGAUUAUGAAAGAAGGAGGUGAAAAUGGUGAUGUUCGCAAAGUUUUGCAAAAAUCUCAUGAGGCUCAAGUAGAAAGAUGGGUUUCUACAGGUUUUCAGGCAUCUACUGAUGUGACUACUGCUAAAGCAAGUGGUACAAAAAUCAGUUUUAAUAAUGACUGUUCAAGUUCUAAUGCUAGAAGGAAAACUUCGCUCCCUUUGGGGUCACCAAAUUCUCAAAAUGUAAAAUCUACUGUUUCUAUGCAUAUGUUUCAGUCAACACAUUAACGUUUAUUUUGAUUUUAUGUGCAGUUUUGACAAAUUAAAAAUAUAUCAGAAAGGAACGUUAAAUUUGUUCCUGUUUAAAUAAUCUGCAUUAGUUCAAAAUGCACUUUAUUAAUUAAUAAUUAUAUAUUGGCAACAAUGUUAUUUUUUAAACAUAUAGUAUCAUACUGAUUUUUUUAUGGUCUAGUCAAUGAUACUGUUCAUGUUAUCUAUAUUUUAUAUCUUUGGAUGUUACAACUAUUGAUACAAAUGAUUUCAAACUUAUGCUCGUAAUUAUAUAUAAAAUUCUCUGCCUCAUAAAAAUUGUAGGACACCUUUAUUUGUAAUAGAAUUGGAUUUUGUGAUAAAAAGCAUUGACCCUAAAGACAAUCAAUUUUUGGGGAAUUAUUGUUUAAAAGUAGGACUCUUUCUCGAAUCUUCUUGAAAAGUAGUCCUUAACUUCUGCUUACAAAUAAUCGAAGUAUGUCAAGUAUUUUUUGUACAUGCUGUUCUUUUAUACAGUAAAAUAAUUAUGUACUUUAUAGAAUGUUUAUUUAAAUUAUCUUAUAACUUAUCAUAUUAAUAUUUUAACAUCUAAAUUCACAUGGAUGUAUUAAACAGGUAUUUUAUUGACGAUAACGCGUCAUGAUCAAAGACAGAAUUUAAUUAAUUAAAAUUGAUCUAUUGUGCUCUAUUUGAAAUAUUCAAAUCUUAAAUUGUAAAUGUUAUUCUGUAAAAGAAGGAACGCAUAGAUUGAAAGUGCCUUUACCAAACUAGCAGGUCUGUAUGUGAGAGUAACAAUAGGCCAGUUUGGGGAUCUGUAUAUGUAUAUUUUGUUUCCUAUAACAUGUUAUAGGUCAUUGUUCUCUCAUACAAGCUUGUAAAUCGGAGCUAGUGCAUCAUGAUGAAACGUUUACUUGAGUGUAAUAUAUGACUUUUACUGCCCAUAGUUGUUCGAAGAAACGUCUACAUUCCUUUACAUAUAUUAUCUACUGUUUCUUUAUAUCUGUUUUAUUAGUUAUUCAUUAUAAACGUGCUCCUAAUGUUUGUUAAGAAUUUUGGAAUUUUCGUUUUCUUCGAACGACUUCAACUACUGUCCAUUAAUAUUAUUGUCUAUGCUAGGAUGUAAAUAGAAAAAAAAUUACAAUAAAAUACAUGGACAUAAAAAUAAGUGGUAAUUAUUACUUUUGUUUAAAAUUCAAAUAUAUAGAAACAUUUUCAAAGUUUAUCUAAUGAUACAUUGUAUUAGACUGCAAUGAAAUUUGUUAGUAAAAGAGAGAGAGAGAGAGAGAGAAAGAGAGAGAGAGAGAGAGAGAGAGAGAGAGAGAGAGAGAGAUUUUUAGUAUUUUAUUAUAUCUCUCAUAUACAUUUUAUGAAACAAGAGAAUUUUAAAAACAAAUUGUAUGAAAUUGGUUUCAUCUAAUUGUCUGAAGGAACCAAUUGUCAUCACAAAUUUUAACUUUUGAUAAUACUAUUUAUCCAAGGAAAUGAAUGUUGUAAUCCAUGAUAUAAAAUUUUUUAUUUAUCCCCAAAUUUUUGUAAUCCAUAUCCUGUAGAAUGUCAAAAUCUGUCUUGCCUAUUAUACCUUAUACUGACAAAAGAUAUGAUAACUUUCAAGAGAAAUCAACAUCAAAAGUUAAGAAUCUUAUAAAAUUAUGGAAAUCUGCUAAUGUGAAGUUAAGUCUUCUUUGCAACCUUGACAAUAUUGAUGCUAUAAGUGUUUAUGGAAUAUCAAGAAAGAUUUUUUUUCGAUUACAAAAGUAUUAUAAUUAUAUAAGUUUGAAACUCUUGCCUUAUUCAAAUGAAAAGUGUUUUUCUGGAAAUAUAAAGCAAUGCUACAGACUUGAUAAAUGCCAACGAAACAAUCUUCAUCUUUUCACUAAACUACAUAGUUUAAAGAAGCAUACUAGACUUAUACAAAAUCAAAAAAAAAUAAGAUAUAUUAACCAUGAAAUAAGAAACAAUUAUUUGUCCAUUAAUAAAAAACAGAAUAACAAAGAAGAAAUAAAUAGUAAAAUUAAUUCAAAUUAUAACUAUACAUGGGAUUCUAAUGGAAUGCAGAAUUGUACAGUUACAACUACUUUCUUUCCUAAAAUUGAAAUGGAAAAAACUCUUCCAUUAUAUAAUAUUGUGGACUUAUUUGCAAACUUGAAUUUAGGUCAAGUAAAAAAUAAUACUAUUCCUGUUAAUGUGUAUGAAACAAACUAUGAAAAGGAUCUGGAUAAUACACACAAUGAUAAAUCAACUUUAUCCAAUAAUAUAAAUUCUAUGUGCAAAGUUAUGAUGGAAGAAUCAUUUCAUCAUCCUUUUACUGGUAAAUCAAAUGAAAUUAUACAAUUAUCCAAUUAUAAUUAUAUCAAUACGAAUUAUUCUAAUACACAAUGUAAAGUAAAUUUUAAUUCUGAAGAUAAUUUGAAAAACUUAAAGUAUUUGAUAAAUGAUAUAUCUGAUAUCCCACCUAAAGAAACUAUACAAGUACAUUCUGAAGAUGUUUCAUGCAAAACACGUUCUAUACAGUGGAGUACUGAAGUUGAUGUGAUUUAUUAUACUGGCGAUGCAAAUGGAGAUAAGGUAAUAUGGAGAGAAAUAGAGCCACUUCAUGAAGAAGCAUACCAACAGGCAAAUCAUAAUGAUCUUCAGAUAACACUGACAAAUAAAAAUAUAAUUUCUUCUAUGAAUAAUUAUCAGUCUUUUGAUUCUUAAGUUGGUACACUUACUAAAUCAAUUUGUAAAGAUCUAUAACGUAUUAUUAAAGACAAUAUUAUUAAAUAA